UACACAAAAUGCCACGAAUGGCCUUAACAAAACAACUCUUCACAACUCUCCUGCACGCUUGCUCUUCACGCCCAAACCAUCUCAAACAAAUCCAUGCACUCAUCCUCACCACAGGCCUCUCCAUCAAGAACGCUCUCAUCACCCAACUCUUAACAAACCUCACCCUUUUGGGCGACAUGAUUUACGCGCGUAAACUGUUCGACGAAAUGCACAAACCAAGAACGUUUCUCUGGAACACUCUUAUUAAAGGGUACGUUAAAAACGAUAUACCCAUUGAAGCUGUUUCAGUUUAUAGCCAAAUGCAUUGUUUAAAUAUCAUUCCUGACAGAUUUACUUAUCCGUUUGUUGUGAAGGCGUGCGGGGAUUUGAUUGAUAUGUGGGCUGGUUUGGCUGUGCAUGGACACGUGGUGAAACACGGGUUGGAGUUUGUUGCAGUGGUGAGGACUGAGUUGGUGAUCAUGUAUGUGAAGUUUGGGGAGGUGGGUUUGGGUGAGUUCUUGUUUGAGAGUAUGAUAGAGAGGGAUUUAGUGGCGUGGAAUGCGUUGAUUUCUUCUUGUGUGCAAAUGGGGCAAGCUAGUAAGGGUCUUGCAUUAUUUCGUAGAAUGAGGGAGGUUGGGAUUAAGCCUGAUGCUGUCAGUAUUGUGAGUGCUCUUUCAGCUUGUGGUCAAUUGGGGUGUUUGGAGAUUGGUGAGGAGAUUUAUGAGUUUGCAGCAAAAGAAGGAAUCGAGUGUAAUGUAAUAGUUGAGAAUGCGCGUCUUGAUAUGUAUGUGAAAUGUGGUAGCGUUGAGUUGGCAAUGGCUUUGUUUGAGGAAAUGAUGCAUAGGAAUGUUGUUUCUUGGAGUACUAUGAUUGUAGGGUACGCAAUGAAUGGGGAGAGUGAAAAGGCAUUGGCACUGUUUACUAGGAUGCAGAGUGAGGGAUUGCGUCCAAACUAUGUAAGUUACCUUGGGGUUUUAUCAGCAUGUAGCCAUGCUGGCUUAGUAAGAGAAGGUCGAGUAUAUUUUGAUGUCAUGGCUCGAUCAAAUAACAAAAAUAUUCAACCUAGAAAAGAACAUUAUGCUUGCAUGGUUGAUCUUUUUGGCCGAUCAGGACAUCUAGAGGAGGCAUAUAACUUCAUCAAGAGUAUGCCUAUGGAACCAGAUUCAGGAGUCUGGGGGGCUCUAUUGGGUGCUUGUGCAAUACAUAACAAUGUAAAAUUAGGUCAGCAUGUGGCAGAUUUGCUCUUUGAAGUAGCUCCUGAUAUUGCUUCCUAUUAUGUGUUAUUGUCUAAUAUGUAUGCAGCUGCCGGGAGGUGGGAUUGUGUUGGUAAAGUUAGACUGAGGAUGAGAAAGAAAGGCAUUAAGAAAGUUGCUGCUUAUAGCUCAGUCUUAAGUGAUGGGAAAGUACACAUUUUCCAUGGAGGAGACAGAUCACAUUCACAAUCACCUUUGAUAUAUGAGAAACUGGGGGAUUUGCUGAAACAGAUAAAGAGCAUGGGAUACAUUCCGAAAACUAAUUAUGUGUUCCAUGACGUGGAAACAGAGGAAAAGGAAGCCACACUCAACACUCACAGCGAAAAGCUUGCCAUUGCUUUUGGUCUUAUGAAUGUAAGAUUAGAGUUACCCAUUAGGGUGAUUAAGAACUUGAGGGUUUGUGAAGAUUGCCAUACUUUUUCUAAAUUUGUUUCUAAAAUUACCAUGAGGGAUAUCAUCAUGAGAGAUAAGAACCGUUUUCACCAUUUCAGAAGUGGUGUUUGUUCAUGCAAGGACUUCUGGUAAUUGUGAAUGGUAAUUCCCCGUUUGAAGCUGGACAAAGACCGGAAAGCUGUAUUCAUGUCCAUUUUUCUCAAUCAUGACAUGUGGUUGGAGCUCAAAAGUUUAAUCAAAAAGGUUCAGUCUCUAGUCAAAGUAGCAGACUCGAGCUCUAAAACCAUUCAAUAUUGAAUUGAGCUUCAGCAACAUUCUCUGCCCUUGACAAAGAGCAUCUAUUUGGAUCCAUGCCAAAGUUAGGGCAGGAAGUUUCUCUAGGUAGCUGAUGAACCAUCUUUUGCCUGAAAUUGUCAAGUAAGCUUCAAUGUGUCUAAUCAGGUUUUAACAUACAGCUGCGAUCUUAUAUAGAAAGAUUUCUGAUAUAAAGUGACCGACUUUUGAUUUGAUAUUUGGGCAGUUAUGCUUUCUAGUAUCUUACAUUGUCAGUUGAAAAUCCCAAUUUGAUGUCCCGUAUUUGAAGUUCCUCUUAUGCUUGAAGUGCUGCAAUAUAUUGCACGUGUGAAACUCCCAUCAGGAUUGGAGGUUCUAUAAAAUUGGAACAAUAAACUGCAUCUCUAAAUUUCUGAUGAACCUCCACUAUCAGUUGUAUCACCCGGGGGAAACAUAUCAUUGGAUUUGCACAAGUCAGUCUUCAUUUAUAAAGGAGAAGAAAAUCAUCAGUGUUCAAGCAUCAUGAGUACCAUACGUUUGGCAGGGCAAAAGAAAUAAAC